AGAAGCAGUGAUCUGUCACCGCCUAAACUCUUCUAAGUUCUGACUAUGAGCUUAUGUUGUUCGCUUUCACAGCCGGAGAUGAUAUUUCCAAGAAUUAAUGGUGAACUUUAAUUGACAACGAGAAAGCUUCCGCUAAAUGGAACUCGACAUUGACUCGUUACUUGACUCACACCUCUCCUCCGAUUCCGAGGACGAUUCCAACUCUAUCAUCGGUCGCCGCACCAUCGAUGAAAUCCUCAACGACUCCGAUUCUUCGACGUCAUCCUCCUCACCCUCUUCUCCUCCUUCCAUUCGCCCCUACUCCACUAACCGCCUUCCUCGGUCGCACACCGGUCCGCAAGACUUCGCGGAAUCUUUGAAGGGAAACGACGCGGUUUCGCAAGGACCAGCGGAAUCCUCGAAACCUAGCCCCUUCUCGCGGAUUGGGGAUCCUAUAUGGAGGGUUUCGUCAUCGUCUUCUUCCUCAAAACAGUUGCCGACGCUGUUUGGCGGAGUGAGAUCCAAUGCGAAACCCGGAGCUGCACUCGCUGCGGCUGCGGCGGCGUCGAGGUCGGUUCCAACGCCGCAUGCGGCGGCGAUCAAGUCUAGGAGGGCGGGAAGCGGCGGGGUUCUCCAGAAGGUUAUAGAUAGUGAUGAUCAUGAGGUAAGCUCAUUGAAUGGGGAAUCAAUUGCGGUUAGUUCGGAAUCAAGCGUUUCAGGUGAAAAAUUAGAAAUUGACGAUUCUAAUGAUAAUAAUAAAUUGGGCGAUUUUCAAUCUGCUGAUAACCAUGAAAAUGGUAAUGUUGUUGAUAAUAAAGAUAAGGAAAGCGAAACGGAUAAAGUAAUUGAACAAAUGGAUGCCUGUUCUAAGCUUGAUUUUGAUGAGAACUCAAACGAAGAAGUUACGAUUUCGGGUUCAGUUGAAGUUUUUGAUAAAGAAAUUCAAUCUGUUUUUGCUGAUGAGACUUCUAUGGUUCUUGAUGAGAAUGAUUCAGAUAAAAAGAGUGUUUCAUCUUUGACCGGGGUUGAUCAGGAGAGAAAUAUAGAUAAGGACUUGGUGAUGGUGGAUGUGGAAAAGGAUAAUUUAGCAAAUGAUAUGGGUAGUCAUGAAGAUGGUGAGGAAGGUGUUGCUGAUGGUGCUGAUAUUGGUGGUGGUGAUGAUACAAGUUCAAUAAGUGAUAUUUCGGAGCUUGUAGAGGAGAGAUUGGAGCAGUUAGAGAGUGAGAGAAUAAGUAAAAGGGCAGAAAAGAAUUCACGUGCUACAAUGAAGCCACUUGAAUUUGCUGAAGAGCUUGAGAUGAAGCAGGCUUCUACUGGUUUGCAUUGGGAGGAGGGUGCAGCUGCUCAACCAAUGCGGCUUGAGGGUGUUAGGAGAGGUUCAACCACAUUGGGAUACUUUGAUGUUGAGGCUAACAAUGCAAUCACUCGGACUCUUACAUCACAGGCAUUCAGGCGUGAUCAUGGCUCCCCUCAAGUUUUGGCAGUUCAUUUAAAUUUUAUUGCAGUGGGAAUGACUAAAGGAGUCAUAAUCCUAGUGCCAAGUAAAUACUCUGCUCAUCAUGCUGACAACAUGGAUCCUAAGAUGGUGAUACUUGGUUUGCAAGGGGAUCGGUUCCUUGCCCCUGUAACGUCCAUGUGCUUUAAUCAGCCAGGAGACCUGCUCUUAGCUGGCUAUGGUGAUGGUCAUGUUACGGUUUGGGAUGUUCAGAGGGCAUCAGCUGCAAAAGUUAUUACCGGAGAACAUACUGCACCAGUGAUACAUACAUUAUUUCUGGGGCAGGAUUCUCAAGUUACUCGCCAAUUUAAAGCAGUUACAGGUGAUAGUAAAGGCCUGGUCCUCUUACAUGCUUUCUCAGUUGUUCCCUUGCUUAAUAGGUUCUCGAUCAAAACACAGUGUCUUCUUGAUGGACAAAGAACGGGCACUGUAUUGUCAGCUUCACCCCUUCUUUUUGAUGAUUCAUGUGGGAGCACUUUAGUGACCUCUCAAGGGAAUGCUACAAGCAGUAUUGGUAGCAAGAUGGGUGGUGUAGUUGGGGGAGAUGCAGGUUGGAAACUCUUCGCCGAAGGCUCUUCUCUGGUUGAAGAAGGUGUGGUCAUAUUUGUCACCUAUCAAACUGCUCUGGUGGUAAGGCUUACUCCAACAUUAGAAGUUUAUGCACAACUUUCUAGGCCAGAUGGUGUGCGGGAGGGUUCCAUGCCUUACACUGCAUGGACAUGUAUGACACACCCUCGUGGCUUUUCAUCAGAAAAUACACCAUCAGAAACAGCAGAAAGAGUUUCACUGCUUGCUCUUGCAUGGGAUCGGAAAGUUCAGGUUGCAAAGUUGGUCAAAUCAGACCUGAAAGUAUAUGGGAAAUGGUCUCUUGACAGUUCAGCCAUAGGUGUCUCUUGGUUGGAUGAUCAGAUGAUGGUGGUUCUUACAAUGACAGGACAGCUCUAUUUGUUUGCUAGGGAUGGAACUGUGAUUCACCAAACAAGUUUCGCCUUUGAUGGUUCUGGAGGAGAUGAUCUUGUUGCAUAUCAUACUCACUUCAUUAAUGUCUUUGGAAACCCUGAAAAAGCUUAUCAUAAUUGUGUGACUGUGAGAGGAGCUUCCGUAUAUAUACUAGGACCUAUGCAUCUUGCGGUAUGCCGACUUCUUCCAUGGAAGGAAAGGAUUCAGGUUCUACGGAAAGCAGGUGACUGGAUGGGAGCUUUGAACAUGGCGAUGACACUUUAUGAUGGCCAAGCCCAUGGUGUUAUUGACCUUCCAAGAAACCGGGAAUUGGUGAAGGAGGCCAUAAUGCCCUAUCUUGUGGAGUUGCUUUUGUCAUACGUAGAUGAAGUGUUCUCUUAUAUUUCAGUGGCAUUUUGCAACCAAAUUGGUAAAAAGGAGCAGCCAGAUUACCCUGAAAGUAGAAACGGUUCUGUGCACUCUGAAAUAAAAGAGCAAUUCACUCGUGUUGGUGGUGUAGCCGUUGAAUUUUGUGUCCAUGUCAAGAGGACUGACAUUCUUUUUGAUGAAAUUUUCUCCAAAUUCAUCACUAUUCAGCAAAGAGAAACAUUUUUAGAGCUUUUGGAGCCGUACAUAUUGAAGGACAUGCUUGGAUGUUUGCCUCCUGAGAUCAUGCAAGCACUGGUAGAGCAUUACAGCAGCAAAGGAUGGUUGCAGCGUGUGGAACAGUGUGUUCUUCACAUGGACAUUUCUUCCUUGGACUUCAAUCAGGUUGCCAUUUUAUGUCGGGAGCAUGGUUUGUAUGGUGCUCUCGUGUAUCUUUUCAACAAAGGAUUAGAUGAUUUCAGGGCACCUUUAGAGGAGUUGUUGGUAGUUUUACGAAAUAGUCAAAGAGAAAGUGCUUCUGGCCUUGGAUACAGGAUGCUUGUUUACUUGAAGUACUGCUUUACAGGUCUUGCUUUUCCACCAGGACAAGGUACUCUUCCACCCUCACGCUUGUCGUCUCUUAGGACAGAACUUCUGCAAUUUUUGUUGGAGGUUUCUGAUGGCCAGGAUCGAAAAUCAGCUUCAACAUUGGCUUUUGGAGGGGCUUACCUUAACCUGUAUUAUCUCUUAGAGUUAGAUACUGAGGCUACUUUAGAUGUUCUCAAAUGUGCUUUCAUAGAAGACAAAUCCCCCAAACCCAACUCCUCUUUUUCUGAGUCUGGUGAUACAAAUGUGGAAGCUAAAAAGGAAAAUGAUUUGAUGGCUGAAUCUGAUACUAUGUUGGUUCAGAAAACUGUUGAUGCUCUGGUUCAUGCUCUUGAUAAGAAUGUCUCUCGAACAGAUGGGCUUCCAAGCAGUGAUGAUACUGAAUCAAUAGAAGCAUGGCCUUCAAAAAAGGACAUGGGCUAUCUGUUUGAGUUCAUUGCUUACUAUGUUGCAUGUGGAAGAGCUAAAAUCUCAAAAAUUGUUCUAAAUCAGAUUUUGGAAUACUUGACUUUAGAAAAUAAUAUUCCACAAAGCGUUUCCACCAUUAAUACUGAAAAAUCCAAAAGAAGAGAGAAGCAAUUACUCGCACUUUUAGAAGUAGUGCCAGAGAGUGAUUGGGAUCAAUCUUAUGUGUUGCAGCUAUGUGAGAAUGCACGCUUUUACCAGGUUUGUGGCUUAAUUCAUGCCAUCAGACACCAGUAUCUUGCUGCUCUCGAUAGCUAUAUGAAAGAUGUGGAGGAGCCGAUUCAUGCCUUCGUUUUUAUCAACAAUUCAUUAAUGCAGCUGAGUGGUGGAGAUCAUGCUACUUUUCGAUCAGCAGUCAUCUCUCGAAUUCCAGUGCUGGUCAAUUUAAGCAGGGAGGGGACAUUCUUCCUAGUUAUUGACCAUUUCAAUGAUGAGAGUUCACAUAUAUUAUCUGAACUUAACUCUCAUCCAAAAAGCCUUUUUCUUUACUUAAAGACAGUCAUUGAGGUUCACUUAUCUGGCACCUUCAACUUCUCUUAUUUAAGAGAAGAAGAGAGUGUGGAUGUCUAUAGUGGAAGAAGGGGGAAAGAUCAGUCAGAAGAGCUUGAAGCAUACUUGGAAAGAAUCUCCAAUUUCCCUAAGUUCCUGCGAAGUAAUCCUCUAAAUGUAACUGAUGACAUGAUUGAGCUUUAUUUGGAGUUAUUAUGUCAGUUUGAACGAGAUUCAGUUCUCAAGUUCUUGGAAACUUUUGAUAGCUAUCGAGUUGAACAUUGUCUACGCCUUUGCCAGGAAUAUGGAGUAAUAGAUGGGGCUGCAUUUUUAUUAGAAAGGGUUGGUGAUGUUGGUAGUGCUCUUUUACUUACACUGUCUGGCCUUAAUGAUAAAUUUACACAACUAGAUACUGCUGUCGGAAGUGGCAUCUCUAAAGUUUCUUUAGGUGGAUCUGCCAGCAUGGAGCAUUUCAAUUCUGUUUUAAAAAUGGAGGAGGUGAAUGAUAUAUGCAAUACAUUGCAUGCCUGUAUUGAAUUGUGCCAGCGGAAUACCCCUCGUUUGAAUCCAGAAGAGUCUGAGAUGCUUUGGUUUAGAUUACUUGACUCAUUUUGCGAACCUUUGAUGGGUUCACACUGUGAAGAAAGGGUAUCUGAGACGGAAAAUCAUGUGGGAAUGCUGGCUGAAUCAUCAGGUUCUCAAGAGGAAGAGGACUGCAUAAUCAAGUGGAGGAUCCCAAAAUCUCACAAAGGUAGUCAUUUAUUGAGGAAAUUGUUCUCUCAGUUCAUCAAAGAGAUUGUUGAGGGAAUGAUAGGAUAUGUUCGACUUCCAACUAUUAUGUCCAAACUCCUAUCUGAUAAUGGUAGCCAGGAAUUUGGAGAUUUUAAGCUUACCAUAUUGGGAAUGCUGGGAACAUAUGGCUUUGAAAGAAGAAUUCUGGAUACUGCCAAAUCUUUGAUAGAGGAUGACACGUUCUACACCAUGAGCUUACUGAAGAAGGGAGCUUCUCAUGGAUACGCCCCCCGAAGUUUACUGUGUUGUAUAUGUAACAGCAUUCUUACCAAGAAUUCUUCUAGCUUUCGAGUUCGAGUUUUCAAUUGUGGUCACGCAACUCAUCUUCAAUGUGAGCUUCUUGAAAAUGAGGCAUCAACUAGGGGCUUCUCUUCUGGAUGCCCUGUUUGUUUGCCUAAGAAGAAUACUCAGAAGUCUAGAAAUAAAUCUGCUCUUACAGAAAAUAGUUUAGUUAGUACAUUGCCCUCAAGACCCCUACCAGCACAAGGAUCAACAUUAUACCCUCACGAAAGUGAUGCACUAGAUAAUUCUCAUGGCCUUCAGCAAAUAUCACGGUUUGAAAUCUUAAGUAACCUUCAAAAAGACCAGAGAUUAGCCCAGAUAGAAAUUUUGCCUCAGUUGAAGCUUGCACCUCCGGCUAUUUAUCAUGAAAAAGUGAAGAAAGGGAGUGAACUUUUAGCAGGAGAAAGCAGCAGUCAUCUUGGGCCAAUAGAAAAACCAAGUAAAAGCAAGCAACUCAGGGAGCUAAAGUUAAAGGGAUCAUCAUCUCUCAGAUUCCCACUAAAAUCAAGUAUAUUCGCAGGUAAGGAGAAAACAAGCAAACGAUAGGAUCAUUGGCAUAUAUGUAUAUACUAACGAUACUCGAGAUGAAGUGCCUCUGAUGCUGUACCCUGUAGCUGUUGGAAAAAUUGCGAUUAUUAAAUCCAUGAUAAUUGGCAUUUGUAACCCUCGUUUUUUUUUUAUAUUUAUUUGUAUCAAAUAUGAAGAUUGUGGUGAUUGCAAAUUACUUUGUAAAUAUGAAAAAUUUUGUACAUGUAUCAUGGAAAGAUCAUUUCAUUGAGAUUAAGUUUAAAAUCAAAUCAAAGUGAAGUAGUACUUGUCCUG